CAGGAUCACUUCCAUCGUCCAAGCAUCUCCUUCUUUGAUCAAAGCCAUUACUUUCACUCAAACCAAUUGCAACCGCUAAGUCUGAUUAUAUCUGGCCUGUUUAGAGGAUAAUGGCUUCUUCCGUUCUCAGGACAGGUUUUCUUCCUCUGCUGCAGUCUUGGGAUGGAUGUAAUUCGAUUCCGAGCUUGCAUAAUUUUACUACUACUCAUCACAGAGGUGACCGCAAGUGUCAGUGCAAGAGAGUAGCGGCUGCCCAGCUGGGAACAGGAAAUGCAAGCGGUGACAGAAACGGCAUGGUGAAAAGAGGGCAGCCAACAAUACAUAAUGAACACUUGAACGGAUACCUUAAUUUCUCAGGAGAAAAGCCAUCCACUCCAGUUCUUGAUACCAUAAACCAUCCUAUUCAUAUGAAGAAUCUUUCCAUCGAGGAGCUUGGUAAGUUAGGUGAUGAGCUACGAGAAGAAGUAGUAUACACGGUGUCAAAGACGGGUGGGCACCUGAGUUCAAGCCUGGGGGUGGUUGAGCUAACAGUGGCACUUCACCAUGUAUUCAAUACUCCUGAGGAUAAAAUUAUUUGGGAUGUUGGGCAUCAGGCCUACCCGCAUAAGAUUUUAACCGGGAGAAGAUCAAGAAUGCGUACAAUUCGACAAACAUGGGGAUUAGCAGGGUUUCCAAAGAGGGAGGAGAGCAAACAUGAUGCCUUUGGAGCUGGCCAUAGUUCUACUAGCAUUUCCGCUGGCUUAGGGAUGGCAGUUGGAAGAGAUUUGUUGGGGAAGAACAAUCAUGUAAUUGCAGUAAUAGGUGAUGGAGCCAUGACUGCUGGAAUGGCAUAUGAAGCACUGAACAACGCCGGUUAUCUUGACACAAAUCUUAUCAUCAUCUUGAACGAUAAUGAGCAAGUCUCCUUGCCAACUGCCACGAUCGAUGGCCCUGCUCCUCCUGUUGGAGCUCUUAGUAAAGCUUUAACUAAGCUGCAUUCAAGCAGGGAAUUUCGUCAAUUUCGCGAAGCUGCAAAGGGCAUCACAAAGAAAAUAGGAGGGCAAACACAUGAAAUCGCUGCCAAACUUGAUUCCUAUAUGAGAGGAAUGGCCGGAGGUUCUGGGGCUAGCCUAUUUGAAGAACUAGGACUAUACUACAUUGGUCCAGUGGAUGGUCAUAAUGUAGAAGACCUUGUUGAUGUCUUAAAUAAAAUUAAGUCAAUUCCAGCCCCAGGGCCUGUUCUCAUUCAUGCCAUUACCAAGAAGGGAAAAGGCUAUGCUCCUGCUGAGAUAGCACCUGAUAAAAUGCAUGGCGUUGUGAAAUUUGAUCCCAAAUCUGGAAAACAAUUGAAGAGCAAGCCAGAAACGCUUUCAUAUACCCAAUACUUUGCAGAGUCUUUAAUAGCUGAAGCAGAGCAAGAUGAUAAAAUUGUAGGAAUUCAUGCUGCGAUGGGUGGAGGAACAGGACUUAAUUUAUUUCAAAAGCAGUUUCCAGAUAGAUGUUUUGAUGUCGGUAUAGCAGAACAACAUGCUGUCACUUUUGCUGCUGGUUUAGCUUGUGAAGGCCUUAAGCCUUUUUGUGCCAUUUACUCUUCGUUUCUACAAAGAGGGUUUGAUCAGGUUGCUCAUGAUGUAGAUCUUCAAAAGCUUCCAGUGAGAUUUGCAAUAGACAGGGCCGGCCUGGUGGGUGCAGAUGGACCAACCCAUUGCGGUGCCUUCGACACUACCUUUAUGGCAUGUUUGCCUAACAUGGUGGUUAUGGCCCCUUCAAAUGAGACUGAGCUGAUGCACAUGGUGGCCACAGCAGCAGCAAUUGAUGAUCGGCCUAGUUGCUUUAGGUACCCCAGAGGAAAUGGCAUUGGCUCCAUUCUCCCACCAAACAACAAAGGAACACCUCUGGAGGUUGGUAAGGGAAGAGUACUAAGAGAGGGAAGCAGGGUGGCUAUUUUGGGUUAUGGAAGCAUAGUGCAAAGUUGUAUGAAAGCGGCAGAGCUACUACACGUGCUUGGCAUCUCAGCAACAGUGGCCGAUGCUCGAUUCUGUAAACCUAUUGAUGGAGAUUUAGUAAGACAGCUAGCUCAGGAACAUGAGGUCUUGAUCACUGCCGAAGAAGGAUCUAUUGGAGGGUUCAGCACUCAUGUUUCUCAUUUCCUUGGCUUGAACGGAUUGCUAGAUGGAAAGCUUAAGUGGAGGCCUAUGAUGCUCCCUGACAGAUACAUUGACCACGGAUCUCAGAAGGAUCAGAUCGAAGAGGCAGGGCUCAGCUCAAAGCAUAUUGCAGCCACAGCUUUGUCACUGCUGGGGGAAUGCAGGGAGGGCUUUCAACUGCUCAACCUGUAUUAGUCUUUAUUUACCAAAACUCCUUUUAGCAAGUGAAUUCGUUGCUGGUUUUAGAUAGCAAGAAUGUAAUAUAGGCAUUCUACAUUGAAUAUAUACUUCAAUUUAGCAUAUCACGAUGGCAAAACCUGGUGUAAUUGACCCUUUUUAUCAAUGUAAUAUAUUUGGGGAA